GCUUUCUGUAGCAACCGGUGGCUGCGAGCGAGCGCGCGCGCUGCCAUUCCAACACAUUUUCUGUGCGUGAAGGAACGAAGCUCACGCGGCGACGUUUAUCCGGAAAACUCCGCCUGCCCUGACGUCGCCAUCAGCAACAGCAUUUAACCCAGGUCGUGACUUCAAACGCAGCACUUGUUCCAGCAGGAAAACGGCGUUGACAGUAGAUAUGCUGGCGGUAGCGCCACGUCAACUAAAACAAACUAAAGCGUGAACAGGACUUUGCCGUGUUAUUAGUCUGUUAGUCUGCGUUUUAACACCUGUCACCAUGCUGGACCCGUCCUCUAGCGAAGACACGGGCGGGGAGUCCGACCCUGAAGUUACCAGAGAGCCUCCGAGGAAACCGUCCGCCUUCUCAGAGGCAGAAAAGCAGGGAGACAGCGGGCGGGCGGGCGGUCAGCAGCUGCAGUUUGCCGAACCCCCCGGUGAAGGUGCAAAAGACUGCCCCUCUGCGGGUGACGAUGAGGAAAAGAAGGAGCGAGAGCGUCUUCAGAAGGAGGAAAAGGAGAGGAGGACCAAGCUGCAGAUCUAUGUAUUUGUUCUGCGGUGUAUUUCCUAUCCGUUCAACGCCAAGCAGCCCACCGACAUGGCCCGAAGACAGCAGAAGGUCAACAAGCAGCAGCUGCAGACAGUGAAGGAGCGCUUCCUGGCCUUCCUCAAUGGAGAGACUCAGAUUAUUGCUGAUGAAGCUUUCUGCAAUGCUGUGAGAAGCUACUAUGAGGGUUUUCUGAAGAGUGAGAGAGUUUACCGAAUGGUUCAGAGUGGUGGGUGCUCAGCCAAUGACUUUCGCGAGGUUUUUAAGAAAAACAUUGAGCGACGGGUGCGCAGCCUUCCGGAGAUCGGUGGCUUGAGUAAAGAGACUGUGCUGAGCUCCUGGAUUACCAAGUAUGAUACCAUCUACUGUGGGGAGGAAGACAUGCGGCGCCAACCACAGCGGGCACACCUGAGUGCUGUUUCAGAGCUCAUCCUCAGUAAAGAGCAGCUGUACGAAAUGUUCCAGCAGAUACUGGGCAUCCGCAAGUUUGAGCACCAGCUGCUAUACAAUGCCUGUCAGCUUGACAAUGUGGAUGAACAAGCUGCUCAGAUCCGCAGAGAGCUGGACGGGAGGCUACAGCUGGCUGAGAAGAUUGCUAGGGAAAGGACGAACCCAAAGUUUGUCUCUACUGACAUGGGGGCUUUGUACAUUGAAGAGUUGCGUUCUUCUGUCAACUUGCUGAUGGCUAACUUGGAGAGUCUGCCAGUGUCCAAAGGAGGUCCAGACUUCAAACAGAAGCUUAAGCGCUCCUCUAUGAACAAUUCCUUCUUGGAUAUAGGGGAUGAAGGAGACAUACUGUCCAAAUCUGAUGUUGUGCUGACCUUUAACCUGGAGGUUGUCAUUGUUGAGGUCCAGGGGCUGAAGUCAGUCGCUCCAAACCGAAUUGUUUACUGCACCAUGGAGGUGGAGGGCGGAGAAAAACUUCAGACUGACCAAGCAGAAGCUUCAAGACCACAAUGGGGUACUCAGGGAGACUUCUCUACAACUCAUCCCUUGCCUUUGGUUAAAGUAAAGCUCUUUACAGAAAGUACUGGUGUCUUGGCUCUGGAAGACAAGGAACUGGGCAGGAUGGUCCUGAUCCCCACCACCAGUGGUCCAAAGCAGGCAGAGUUCCACCGGAUGGUGGUCCCUAAGAACAGCCAGGACACAGAUCUGAGGAUCAAACUGGCCGUCCGCAUGGACAAGCCUCCCAACAUGAAGCAUAGUGGGUACCUGUAUGCUGUAGGACACAGAGUCUGGAAACGCUGGAAAAAAAGAUAUUUUAUUCUUGUUCAGGUGAGUCAGUACACAUUUGCAAUGUGCAGCUACAGAGAGAGGAAAGCUGAGCCUCAGGAACUGAUGCAGCUGGAAGGCUACACUGUGGACUACUGCCAACCUCAGACAGGUCUGCAAGGUGGCCAGGUGUUUUUUAAUGCUGUAAAGGAGGGCGACCUGGUGACGUUCGCCUGUGACGAUGAACAGGACAGAGCACUCUGGGUGCAGGCCAUGUACAGAGCCACUGGUCAGUCAUAUAAACCAAUCCAACCAACACACAACAAAGCUGCCAACUGCAAAGGAGGACACAGAGAACCAUCUUCUAUCAGUCUGGAUCCCUGUCAGCGUCAGGGCAUGGAGGAUUUCAUCUCUGCAGCUCCGGGUUGCUUUGACCAUGCUGCUCUGUUCUCCGUUUUACAGAAACACACUCUGCAGCACCGCAUGAACGACUCCUUCUCCUGCCUGGGCUGGUUCAGUCCCGGCCAGGUGUUUGUCCUGGAUGAGUACUGCGCUCGGUACGGGGUUCGAGGCUGCCACCGCCACCUGAGCUACCUGAAGGAUCUCAUGGACUACGCCGAGAACAGCGUGCUGGUUGACCCCAUGCUGCUACAUUACAGCUAUGCUUUCUGUGCCUCACAUAUCCACGGAAACAGGUACCCAAGCAUUAUCAUGACAGAAUAACUUUCUUCAGGGUGUCGUCUACCACAUCAGACACAAACGUUUGAUUCCCAGUUACCCCAAGAGUGUGGGACUUCCUGCUACUGUCCUAA